GUGGCGAAGUUAGAAGCAUUUGCAUACUUUCCUCUACCAAGAUAACUUCUCAUCUCUGUAUCACCGUCUGAUGGACGUCAAUCCAGAAAACUUGAGAGCGGCAAGAAGAAACCACUUGCUCAUGAUACUUCUUGUACUCUUUCUAGCUCAACAAUAUUUCCAUAGAUCGCUUAGCUUUGUGGAGGGCCUGGAGACUACUAGCAAUGUGUACAUUGUGUACAUGGGAGAGAAGAAGCAUGAGGAUCCAGCAACCAUAAAAAAAUGCCACCAUGAAAUGCUGUCCACCUUGCUUGGAAGCAAAGAAGCUGCCAAGAGUUCAAUUCUUUACAGUUACAAGCAUGGAUUUUCUGGCUUUGCAGCAAAGCUGACAGAAUCUCAGGCAGAAGAUAUUGCAGGAUUCCCAGGUGUUGUUCAAGUGAUUCCAAAUCGCAUUCACAGGCUCCAUACAACUAGAAGCUGGGAUUUCCUCGGUCUCCAACAUGAUUAUCCAACAAAUGUUUUAACAGAGACCAACCUGGGUCGAGGAGUUAUCAUUGGGGUGAUAGAUUCAGGAGUCUGGCCAGAGUCUGAAAGCUUCAAGGAUGAAGGCAUGGGUCCAAUUCCAUCGCGUUGGAAAGGUAUCUGCCAACACGGGGAGCGCUUCAAUUCCACCAAUUGCAACAGGAAACUUAUUGGGGCUCGCUGGUUUUUUAAAGGGAUCCACCAGGAAAUAGGAAAAUUCAUGAAUAUAACUGACAACCUAGAAUUUCUGUCACCAAGGGAUGGAAUUGGCCAUGGCACUCAUACAGCUUCAACAGCAGCAGGCUAUUUUGUAGAGAAAGCAAACUACAGAGGACUAGCUACAGGCCUAGCCAGAGGAGGUGCACCUCUUGCUCGGUUAGCAAUUUACAAGGCUUGCUGGGCCAUUAUCAGUGGAGCAUGCAGUGAUGCCGAUAUUCUGAAAGCAUUUGACAAAGCCAUACAUGAUGGGGUGGAUAUCCUAUCUCUGUCUGUUGGCAAUGAUAUUCCUCUAUUCUCCUAUGUUGAUCAACGUGAUUCAAUUGCAAUCGCUUCCUUCCAUGCAAUUGCAAAGGGGAUAACGGUAGUUUGUUCAGCAGGAAAUGAUGGACCUUUCUCACAGACAAUAGCAAACACUGCACCCUGGCUCAUUACUGUGGCAGCCACCACCAUUGACAGGGCCUUCCCAACAGCCAUCAUACUUGGGAACAACCAAACUUUCUUGGGUCAAUCUAUUGAUACAGGAAAGCAUAAACUUGGAUUCACUGGUCUCACUUAUUCAGAACGCGUAGCUUUAGACCCAAAGGACGAUUCAGCAAAGGACUGUCAGCCUGGAAGCCUCAAUGCAACAUUAGCAGCAGGAAAAAUUAUCCUCUGUUUCUCAAAAUCGGACAAACAGGAUAUAAUUUCUGCAUCAGGUGCAGUGCUGGAAGCAGGAGGCAUUGGACUUAUUUUUGCACAGUUCCCCACCAGUCAGCUUGAGUCAUGUGAUUUAAUUCCUUGUAUCAAAGUAAAUUAUGAAGUCGGGACACAGAUACUUACUUACAUCAGAAAAGCAAGGUCUCCUACUGCAAAGCUGAAAUUUCCAAAGACUGUUACAGGGAAAUGGGCAUCUCCACAUGUUGCAUAUUUCUCGUCCAGAGGACCCAGUUCCAUGUCUCCUGCUGUGCUAAAGCCCGAUGUUGCUGCCCCAGGAGUGAACAUCUUAGCAGCUUAUUCACCAGUUGAUGCUGGAACUAGCAAUGGGUUUGCCUUCUUAUCAGGAACUUCAAUGGCUUGUCCUCAUGUGAGUGGAUUAGCAGCACUCAUUAAAUCCGCCCAUCCAACUUGGUCUCCUGCAGCCAUAAGAUCAGCUCUUGUCACUUCAGCUUCCCAAACUGGAACAGAUGGCAUGGAUAUAAUUGAGGAGGGGCCGACUCGCAAGGCAGCAGACCCAUUUGACAUUGGUGGUGGCCAUGUCAAUCCCAACAAGGCACUAAAGCCAGGGCUCAUUUACAAUAUCAGUAUGGAGGACUACAUCCAGUUCCUCUGCUCCAUGGGUUACAGCAAUCCAUCCAUUGGCAGGUUAACCAAGACCACGACAAAUUGCACGAGAGGCAGCCAUUUUCAAUUAAACCUCAACCUCCCUUCCAUCACCAUUCCAAACCUCAAAAAGAAAGUAACAGUCAUGAGAACUGUGACAAACGUGGGACACAUUAAUUCAGUGUAUAAAGCUGAGGUGCAGGCUCCUUAUGGCAUUAAAAUGGCAGUUGAACCUCAUAUACUGAGCUUCAACUUAACCACCCAAUUUCUUCAUUUCAAAGUUACCUUUUUCUCAACUCAGACGGUCCAUGGAGACUACAAAUUCGGAAGCCUAACAUGGACAGAUGGUGAGCAUUUUGUCAGGAGUCCUAUAGCCAUACGUGCAAUCAAAUUUGACAUGUAUGCAGAUGUAUAACUCACUGAGAAAUCAGAUUGAAAAGAAAAGCCUGUAAGUGUACGGAAAUCGUGUGCACCGGUAUAAGUCUUGCAAAGCAGUUUUACAAGACAGCUAAUCCUGGUAAUAACUGACAAACUAAGCAUGCAUUUGAUGCUGUUAAGAACCAA